AGUAAUCGUGACAAUAUUUCACAAUUCAAAACUUGUAGUAAUUGUCGCCAAAGACCAGCUAGUAAACGAAAAAAAUGUGCAGAAAUAAAUGAAAGUUACAAAGACCAGCCUGAAAUUAUUGAUAUAGAUUACUUGGAUCAUAUUCUUAUAGAGUUAUUAGAAGAUGCGCAAGAAAAUGGUCUAGAAUUUAAUUUCUGUUAUGAAAUAAUUAUCGAUGAUCAUAGCUCAACUAAGGAAAUUGCAAAUAAUGUUGUUGGAUGA